CCCCCUGCCCACAGAAAUCGUAAAAGCUUCAAAAAAGUUAACUCUCUGCAGUCCUGUUUCGACUUCUUUUCGGUAACAUCACUGUGUGUGUAGUCUUGGUUACUGCGGUGAAGUACAUAGCUAUUUGCAAUGGCUGACUUAAAAAGCUACGAAGUCGAAGAAUGCAGGGCUGCUUUUGAAGUGUACGACACCACCGGAGGCGGAAAAAUUGACGCCAUUUACUUGGGAUCUUUGUUGAGGGCGUUAGAUUUGUCCGUCACUGAAGAGGCCGUAGCCAAGGCUGGAGGAACUAAGAAAGAAGGUGAGAAAAUGAUAGAUUUUGAAGAAUUCCUACCCAUCUUCAGUGAUGCCAAGAAAUCCAAAGAUAUGGGCCAAAUUGAAGAUUUACUAGAAGGCUUGAAAGUAUAUGACAAGAAUGAAAACGGAACCAUGAUGGCAGCUGAAUUAGCUCAUGUCCUUCUUUCUCUUGGUAAGUGUAAUCAUUAAUAACACGGCGUUAUA